AAUGUAAACCCAACCUUCACAAGUGUGACUCCGGUUUCCACAAACCGUUUCGUGAGUCAACUCAAAAUAUUCGAAUCAUCAUUAGAUUAGUUUUGAUUCAUGGCUAGCAGUGCAUAUUUCACACCCCUACUUAAAUAUCUCAAAGUUUAGAGUCCACAAAAGAUCCUUCACAUUUAUUACAUACAACACAAAGCUACAGAAAAAGCAUAGCCCAACACACCAUUUUUCGAAUACACAACAGGAUAUCAUAUCAUAUCAUAUCAUAUCCUUGAAAAUCUUUUGAAGCGAAAAUGUUUCAUCAUCAUCCUUAUCAUAAAGGUCCCAUUUUUGGGACCGUUGUAAAGGACGAAUUGCCACUCAAACCGGGUCGGCACAACACACCGGAUCUAGUCGAAAGACUUUUAAAACGCAUCGAUGUUGUCAGUCCGCCAUCUUCUAAGGAUAAAGAUGUGUCUGAGGCAAGGGCAGAUGUGUCUGAAGCAAUGAGUAGUCUCGGAGCAUAUGUUGCCAUCCAAACAAACGACAACGAUCAUCGUUUCGAACUCGAGACUUUCAAAGGCAACGAGUACAACAAAUUUCUCAUGAAGCUAUUCGAAGCCUCCAAAGUUAUAUUCUCCGUGAACGAACUUCCAUCCACAAAGGUUUCAGAGGCACUGGGCCAUGAAUUUCCGCCAGCAGAUUUAAUUGUCCACCGUAUAACGACCAACAAGCUGAGCAGAUUCGCAGCAGAGAUAAAAAUCCGCGGGAAAGAAAGAUCAUGGGAUCAUAUCGGAGCUCUCCUUGGAGCCAUGCUCGAGCUCUACUUCAAGUAUUACGGUUGCGACUGUAUCAUGUGCCGACAACAUGAUCAAGGAUACGGCUUGGGCGAAGGACAUGCGUGGCAGGAAAUCGCUCACAAGUUAGAGACAUCUGAUAUUCUGCAGGUAAAAAUCAGAGAAUUCUUUCCGAAUUCCGGCCCCAUCGAUUUAUUUAGAAAGCAACUUUAUAUCGAGGAGUUGAGUUAUUGUAGGUCGCUGCAUUGUCCCGUGGCUGACUAUGCUACUGUUGCUAAAUGAGACUGGAAAUUGCCGGAGUAUAGCGUCGAAAUACGUCUUGUUCUUGAAGCUUCGGGAUGGUAUAUAUCGAGGCUUGAUCAUUGGUUUAUGUGGGCAGCUUGGGGAAAAUGUCAGGCUAGGGAGAGGAAGAGGGAGCAGGAGAAGGAGAAGGAGGAGAAAAAGACCUGUAAUUACUUGAAGAAGUUAAUUGUCUCAAGGUCUGGCGCAUCUACUUAAGUAAUUGCAAUCAUGCAAUUGAGU